GCGUAUUGUCGGAAUUAUUUGUCUGCGACUUUCAGAAUAAUUUCUGCAGGGUCGAUUAUUUACUAUCAGCGAGAAUUACAAUACAAAAAAUAUCCGCCCCCGCAUUCCACAUAUCAUGGGCGAAAGACAAAAGAGGCAGCGCCCUGAAGGGGAGGCUGAAGCUGCUUUUUUGCAAUCCGAUAAUGAAGAAGUUUCUCCCAACAAGAAAGCACGCAAAGAAACGAAUGCAUCAGCAAGGCGCUCUCUAUUCGUCCGAUCAUUGCCCGCUACCGUUACCAGCGAUGCUCUUACGAAACUGUUCUCAGAAAGCUACCCACUAAAGCAUGCGACUGUGGUUCUUGACCCGGAGACAAAGCAAUCGAAAGGCUAUGGCUUUGUUACGUUUGCCGACGCAGAAGACGCGGAACGUGCGAAAGAGGAGUUCCACGGCAAGGCCUUUCAAGGCCGGAAAUUGAAGGUUGAGGUGGCAGAGCCUAGACAUAGAGAUGUGGACUCUGGCAAAGGAGCCGGAGGGAAGCGCACCAGCAUUAUUUCGACAGAAGCAGCUGCGGCCAAGACUAAGAGAUCUGAGAAGAUGGUCGAGGAUCGCAAGCCUCCAAAGUUGAUUAUUCGAAAUUUGCCUUGGAGCAUUAAAGAUCCUAAGGAUUUAGAACUUCUGUUCCAGAAAUUCGGAAAAGUCAAGCAUGUCACACUCCCAAAAGUCAAGGAUACUCAGGCUGGAUUUGGAUUUGUGGUGAUGAGGGGCCGAAAAAACGCCGAGAAAGCACUCGAGGCCGUGAAUGGCAACUUGAUUGAUGGCAGAAUCCUUGCCGUCGAUUGGGCUGUCGAGAAGGAUGUCUGGGAAAAGGCCAAAACCGACGCUGGAGAAGAGCCAAAGCCCAAGAAGGCAGCUAAGAAGGCGAAGGCAGAGAAGCCGGCAAAGGAGGAUGCUAUGGAUGUUGAUAAGAAAGAUGAAGAUCCCAACGAUGUCGACGCUGAUGUUGCCAAUUUUAUGAAAAACUUUGGUGAUGAAUUAGAGUCUGAGCCCGAGGACAACGAAGACGAGGAUGAGAAUAUGGAUGAUGCGGAGGACGAAGAUGAAGACGAGGAUGCCGACAACCUUGGCGCAGAACUGGAAGAGCUGGAAGAUGAAUCCGAAGAUGAGGAGGCUGCAGCGAAGGUGGCCGAAGCGGCUAGAAGGAAGGCCCAGUUCAUUACUGAUAACUCAUCGACACUCUUUGUUCGCAAUCUUCCAUUCACCGCUCGUGACCCUGAGUUGAAAGAGCAUUUCAUGCAAUUCGGAGCCGUCAGAUACGCCAGAGUGGUGAUGGAUCGGGCAACGGACAGACCCAAGGGCACAGGGUUCGUUUGCUUCUACAAUGUUGAGGAUGCCGACAACUGCGUCAAGAACGCCCCAAGAUACCAACCAACCGGAGCAAAUGCCACUAAAAAGACCGAUGCCAGCAAUGUCAAGCAUUCCAUUCUCGAGAAUGAGAGCGCCGACUCUUCCGGUUCAUACACCAUCGAUGGACGCGUCCUUCAGGUUUCUCACGCUGUCGAGCGAGAGCAAGCGGUGAAGCUGACCGAACAGGGCAUCAAUAGCCGUGACAACAGGGACAAGGAUAAGCGUCAUCUUUAUCUUCUCUCAGAAGGUACCGUUGCCGCUGGUACUACUCUUUACAAUGCACUAUCUCCAUCCGAAAUCACCAUGCGUGAGGACAGUGCCAAGCAGCGCAAGAAGCUCAUCCAGGGCAACCCCUCGCUCCAUCUUUCGUUAACUCGUCUCUCAAUCCGCAACUUGCCGCGCUCUAUCACAUCUAAGGACCUCAAGGCCCUUGCCCGUGAAGGUGUCGUCGGUUUUGCCAAGGACGUCAAAUCAGGCCUAAGAGCCCAGCUGUCGAAGGAGGAGGAAGCCCGCGGUGGAGAACCCAUGCGCGAGGCUGAGAAGCAGCGAAAGGCGAAAGGAAAGGGAAUCGUCAAGCAGUCCAAGAUUGUUUUCGAAGGUCGCGAGGGUGCCAAGGUGUCUGAAGAGAGUGGCGCAGGGCGCAGUCGUGGAUACGGAUUCAUUGAGUAUGCAUCUCAUCGCUGGGCUCUGAUGGGCCUGCGCUGGCUUAACGGCCACGCUCUCGAUGGCAACGGAGGAAAGAAGCAGAGAUUGAUUGUCGAGUUUGCUAUCGAGAAUGCUCAAGUUGUGGAGCGCAGAAAGGAGCGCGAGGAGAAGGCGAGAAUUAGGAGUAAGGAGGUGCUUGAGGCGAGAGAAAAGGGAGAGCUGGAAGGCAAGAAGCCCGAGAAGAAAGCAUUCACCAAAGAUCAGCUGAUGGCGAAAACACGCAAGGGAAUGAAGGGUGAUAAGGGCAAGCCAGAGAAGAAGGGGAAGCCCAGGGAACUUGGAAAGGAGUGGAAGCAAAGGCCCGGAGCUUUCAAUAAGGGCAAGCCGAGAGAAGAGAGGGGUGGAGGAUCAGGCAGAGAUGGUCCAAAGCCAACGAACGGGAAGGGGAAGUUUGCAGAUAGAGUACCAAGGCAAGGUCCGGUUCCAGCUGGGAAGGACGCAUCAAAAUUCAAGCCAGGGUUUGCUGAGGGCGAGGAAGGGAGGUUGGCCAGAAGGGCUCAGAUUAUAGCUAAGAAGCGCUCCAUGAGGCGGGCGAGGAAGGCCUAAUGCGAGGGGCUUUGAGGGGAAUUUUGUAUGUAAAUAGAAAAUAAUGGCGCUGGGAUAUCAUCAACAAUUGGGAUUUGACAGAUACAAUACAAUUAUCCGUGCUGCUGA